AUGGUAGUCAUUCCACCUAGGCUUCCUUUUGUCUCUUUCCACUCUCUCCAAGUUCUAUUUGAUUUCAAGACAUCCCAUUACUCAAUUUCACCGUUCCAUCUAUCAUCUCUUUGUAUUGAAACUAUCUGUUUCAGCUCUUUAUUGCUCCUCUUAUUUCCUCAAGUCUGUGAGUUUUUUACUCGGUCAAGUCUCAAGUAG